AUGCCGAUACAGAGGCAGUCGCAUCUUGGACGAACUCCGGGCGGGCAGCUCUAUCUCCAGAAACCGCAGCGAGCUCGUGCAGCUGAAUCUGUCGAACCAUACUAUAUCUCCGUCUUGCCAGACGAAGUUCUUUUCGAAAUAUUGAGUUACAUACCUCCCAAAAGACACCGCUAUGAACUUGUCAAGGACGAAGAGAGAUUUCCCUUAACGUUAAUGCUCGUUUGCAAGAAAUGGCGACGUAUUUACGAGCCAGUUUUAUUUCGCACCAUAAUGACUCAUUACCAUACAACAAUAUUUCUUUCGCGCAUGCGAGGACUACUUGAUCUUUUGUACACUCGUCCGCAUCUUCGAGGCUACCCACGGAACAUUUGCAUAUCGAUAUCUCGGACCGUUGCUCAUGCUGCUGUCUGUCGUAUUCUUAGUGCUGUCAUCAAAUGCUGCACUGGGCUACGCGUGGUAUCAUUUCACUCAGUGUAUAUCCCGGAUAUAUCUGAACAUUUGGACUUGGGAGGUCCAUCACUACAGCUAUUUUUUAGGGACUUUACUUUACCCUCCUUGAAAAGCUUGUACCUGUCUCGGUACGGUCCAGGUAGAAAUCCCGAAGAUACUUCUGCGCCGUGGCCAGGAGAACCGAUUUCAAUCACGCGAACCGGUCUUGAGCACCUCCUACCACCAAAUAGGUAUCAUACUGGAAAUGUAACCAAGGUGUUAUUGCGAGAUCCAAGCUGUCUACAGAAUGUUACGGAACACAUCCUCCGUUGGCCUUCAGCUCUGACAGAUCUUUCGAUCUGGCUCUCACAUUCUACUGGCGGGAAAUACUACACAAUGGAAGCGACGCAGAGAAUCCUCGACAUUCACCGCUCCUCACUAAAGCGCGUCACCAUAGGAAUGCUCUCAGGGGGCUAUGUCGGUCGUACCGGAUCACCCGACUUCUCUUCUUUUCUACAUCUCGAAGAGUUGGGAAUGUCAGCAUACAACCUCAUCCGCUCAGAAACCGCCACCGACGCCGCGAGAAAGCUAUCAGCUCCAAAUCUUCGCUGCGUGACUCUUAGUUUCAGCGUCGAGGACCAACAUUCUGAAAGCCGGAGUGAUUUCGGGAAGGAGCAGGUUACGUGGAUACAGGAAUUCGCAAAAUUGAAGGAGGAAAAGUACCCGGUAAGCAAGUUGGAGAAAAUGGUAGUUUUGUUUGAUCCGAAUGAGAAUCCUUAUCAUCUUCGUAGACUGCUACGAGGACCCCCGGAACAGGUUCCUGUGAGUGAAAUUGCAGAGCCUCUCACUUGGCCGUGGGAAUACCUGGAGGAAGCGAAGCAAUGUGCUGCAGAGUUUGAAUUAAGGGUUGAAUUUAAGGCGGGAUGGACGAGGGAGGAAUGGGAUAGGGUUGUUAAGGAUGAGAAGGUUGAGAUGCCUGAUGUUUUAGAGGAUUUGCAGCCUGGGCUUGAUGGGUUAUUUUUUAGUGGGAAGGCGGAGUAACUUCAGAGAGAAUAAUAGCAUCUUUCUAGAGAAAUAGGUGAGGAGAGAGGAGAGAGGAGAGAAGAGAGAAGAGAGAGGGAACAUAAGGUGAGAUAUGUGAGAAGAAGGGUGAGAAGAUAGGUGAAGAGAUAGGUGAGAAAAGAUACGAAGGCAAGAGGG